AUGGGGACAGGUACAGGCUGUUUGAAUGUCAGAAUUCAUGUUUGUAUUGAGGAAGAAUCGCGGAGUGACUGUUGCUGUAUCUCUUUUCCUGGAACGACCUCCCUCGGAAUCGAACCCCCAACAACUUCAAUUUCAAUUUUAAAAGUUGCCAGGUGCAAAUCGAACUUACGGCCGCUGCAUGUCCCCUUCUGCCAGCUGAAAAAAUACCUGAUCUGUGCAACACCACACCACACCACACACAAGACCACAAUGUUUGGAACCGUGCGAACGACCUGUGUGGCUCGGCGGGUGCCCCAGCUGGCCCUGCGAACCAAGCGAACCAAGACGGCCAACGAUCUGGACCCUGGAGCGCGAAAGCUCGUGAACCAGAUGUCGGCCAUGUCACCCAAGCGAAUGGCUCCCAAGAAGCUCGAGCUCAGCCAGGAGGAUCUGAUUCGACACCGAAUCGUGCAGGUGGCGUGGCGAGAGGAGCGGCUGGCCGAAAAGCUGGCCCGAGAGCAGCAACACAGACAGCAGUAUGAGAUGCUGCAAGACACGUGCGAGGAACUGCGAAAGGUGGACGGAUUCCUGUUCAACGCCGCCGUGCUGCGAGUCAAGGGCAACAAGUUCCCCAUCGAAAUGCGAGUGCCUACCGAGACUCCCCCCAACAAAAUCUGGCAGUCUGAGUGGAAGGCCGAGGUGAAGAAGUAG